GGGUGUUAGUUCUAAUCUGUUAAAUUCGAGAUAAGUUAUAUUAUAUGCAGUUAAUUCGAAGUUGCGGGGAAUUAUCCAUUUUAGCUUUAGUUUAUGUUGAACAAACUUGUAAUUCUGGUUGCCAGCAACCAUCCUACAAACCGUAUUCCCAAGGUUUUCCUGUUUUUUUAAUCAAAUUUGCCCCAUACAAGCAAGCUGAGGAGGAGGCAAAGUCGUGCCCUGUCAUAGAUCUGGCCAUCUCUGCCUUCUGGUCAGCUCAUCCUGAUCUCAAAUCAAGUCCAAUUCCUCAAUCCUCUUUCUUUUCUCUUCCCUUUAUAUUUUUUUUUUUUCCCUGUUCUAUAUCUUCAAUUCAAUUCAGUGUUCCCUGCCCAUCUCUCUCGUAUUGCUCUGUUAAGGGAGGGAUCGAUCAUCAAUGCAAUGGGGAAGGCCUCGAUAAUUGUGUAUGUCACUGCAGCGGUACUCCUCCUAUUGUUUCUCUCCUACUCCCCGAAGAAGCAUCCGAGCCAUCGCCAUCGCCGCCUUAAGCUUCGUUCCAACUUCACUCUCGCCACUUCUCAUCAUGCCUCCCAACACCAUGAGCCCGUCGCUUUCGACCCACUUGUCGCUGAGAUCGAACGCCACCGUGAAGAGAAGCAAUGGGAAAAGCAGUACUUUGAGCAUUCUCACUCCGAAUUUGUAGCGCACGACUCCGCCCCCGGGGAGGAGUCGCAGCCCGAGUGGGAAGAUUUCAUGGAUGCUGAAGACUAUUUAAAUGACGAGGACAAGUUCAAUAUUACCAAUAGGUUGGUUUUGCUCUUUCCGAAGAUUGACGUGGACCCGGUUGACGGGUUCGUCAGUGAACACGAGUUGACUGAGUGGAACUUGCAGCAGGCCGAGAGGGAGGUUUUGCAUCGGACGCAAAGAGAGAUGGAGAUUCAUGAUAAGAACCAUGAUGGAUUCAUUUCAUUUUCCGAGUACGAACCGCCCGGCUGGGUUCACAAUGCAGAUAAUAAUUCUUUCGGUUAUGAUAUGGGCUGGUGGAAAGAAGAGCAUUUUAAUGCUUCAGAUGCUGAUGGAGAUGGGCUUCUAAACUUGACUGAAUUCAAUGACUUCCAGCAUCCAGCUGACAGCAAAAACCCGAAGCUGCUUCAAUGGUUGUGCAAGGAGGAAGUAAGGGAGAGAGAUACAGACAGGGAUGGGAAGAUCAACUUCAAAGAAUUCUUUCAUGGGCUCUUUGAUUUAGUAAGAAACUAUGAUGAAGAAAGUCAUAACUCUUCGCAUCAUUCUGAUAAUUCAAUGGAUGGUCCAGCUAGAGUUUUGUUUGGUCAGCUUGACAAAGAUGGUGACGGGCACUUAUCAGAUGCCGAACUACUGCCUAUAAUUGGGAAAAUCCAUCCAUCCGAGCGUUACUAUGCAAAACAGCAAGCGGAUUAUAUCAUUUCACAGGCGGACGUUGACAAGGACGGGCGCCUAACAUUGACUGAGAUGAUUGAGAGCCCAUAUGUAUUUUAUAGUGCAAUUUUCGAAGAUGAUGAGGAUGAGGAUGAUUUUCACGAUGAGUUCCGUUAACUUCAUUUUAGGACACAUAUUUUUCCUCCAUGAGGAAUCAUUACGAGAAGGUUUUCAAUCUACAUUCCUAUACGGUGGCAACAUGUUUGCUUCAUCCCUUUGUUAUCUUCAGGGAGUUCGUGUUUGCUGAGUUGGAUGAUUGUAGUAAUCUCAACUUCAUAAUAGUAAAAUUUGUUGAUUUUCACGUCACUGAUUGAACCAUAAUAGUUAAAUCACAGCACACGAAAAAUGAUCCCAUUGUCAAUGGAUAAUGUAUGUACCACAUUAAGUAUGGCAACCUUCUGAUCAAGGUAGCAGUAUCAUUUUUCUGGCCCUAGGUAGCUCCUUUUGAGUU